UAAUUUUCGUCGAUGCUUACAAAAAUAUGAACUCAGCUGUCUUUGCAAUUACAUCUCUUUGUGUUAAUUGAGAAACAAACAAAAAUAAACUGUGCUUUGAUUCUUUGAAACUAUGUUUUCGCCCGUCUCUCUGAAAUCUUGACAGUCCACCAUCCCACAGCCAUGGCAUCCCCCCAUCUCCUCCUUCCAUGCAUGCUCCUCUCCCUAUUUCUUAGUCUAUUUUCUGCAGUUUUCGCUGCCGAUGCAUCCAUCAGGUCUGCUCUCGUAAACCCUUUGAGUUGCUCUGCGAAAAUCAUGACAUGUAACGCCUCGCUCUACCACAUCAACAUCGAUCUGAAGGUAGAAGAAAUUGCCACUUUGUACACCGUGAAUCCAUCCGAAAUCAGACCUAUAAAGCACAACAAGAAGCAAGAUUACCUGAUAAGUGUGCCUUGUUCUUGCAAAAACAUAUCCGGCACUGUUGGAUACUUCUAUGACACGACCUACAAGGUGAAACAAUUUGACACGUUUUAUAAUGUGUCGACGAAGAUUUACAGCGGGCAGCCUUUGUAUAUCGAAGAAGAGAUACCGCAGUUUAAAACAGACGCUGAUUUUCCCAUCCAUCUCCCAUGCGGUUGCGUACAAAGCCAGUCUCAGAUUGUGGUGACAUAUACAGUUCAGGAGCAUGAUACACUGUCGGAUAUUGGCACGCUACUGUCUGCGAAGAUUGAAAACAUUGAAAAAAUGAACAAAAAUAUGACCGAGAAUCCUUCAUACAUAGUUGUGGGUUGGGUGUUGUUUGUCCCCAUGGAAAAGAAUGGACUCAGAACAUCAAAGCCAGGAUUCAGACACAAGUGGUCAAUAUUGGUUGCAAUUUUAUUAGCUGUGACAUUGCUUUCAAUCAGCACAUUGAUCUUUAUCCUUUAUCGGAGAAGAAAACCGGAACAAAAUGUGGAAGUUCCAGAUAAACCUGUAUCGACAAGCUUGAAAAGCUCGAAAAGCUCGGCUCCUCACCGAUCCUUGUCGUUGCAUAAUCAGUUGCUUCAUAAAGAAAACAUGGGAGAUGUGGCAAUUUUUGAAUCAGACGGACUGGUCAUAUUCAGCCUUGAGGAGAUUGAGGAGGCAACCGGUUACUUCGAUGAAACUAAGAAAAUCGGAGAGGGUGGAUAUGGUAGCGUGUUCCUCGGAGUAAUAAGGGGGAAGGAGGUUGCCAUAAAGAAGAUGAAGUCUAAUAGUACCAAAGAAUUUUUUGCAGAGCUAAAGGUCUUGUGCAAGAUCCAUCACAUUAACGUGGUGGAGCUUUUGGGGUAUGCCAGUGGAGAUGACCACCUCUACCUGGUCUAUGAGUAUGUCCAGAAUGGAUCGCUGAGCGAACAUCUUCAUGAUCCUUUACUUAAAGGUCAUCAGCCACUUUCUUGGACUGCAAGAACACAAAUUGCAGUGGACGCUGCAAAAGGUAUUGAGUACAUUCAUGACCACACAAAAGCGCGAUAUGUGCACCGUGAUAUAAAGACUAGUAACAUUCUACUUGACGAGGGGUUCAGAGCAAAGGUAGCAGAUUUUGGCUUGGCAAAGCUUGUUGGAAGAACCAAUGAAGAAGAUGUUUUCGCAACACGGCUGGUUGGAACACCGGGCUAUCUUCCCCCAGAAUCCGUGAAGGAGCUCCAGGUGACUCACAAAACCGAUGUGUUUGCAUUCGGAGUGGUACUAGCAGAGCUGAUCACAGGGCAACGUGCGCUUUUCCGUGACAAUCGAGAGCCUGGGAAGAUGAAAUCCUUAAUUACAGUCAUAAAAAAGGUGUUCCAAGAUGAUCAUCCAGAAGCAGCUUUAGAGGCUGCCACAGAUGGAAACCUCAGAAGCAACUAUCCUAUGGAGGACAUGUUCAAGAUGGCAGAAAUUGCAGAGUGGUGUAUGAGUGAAGAAGCAGUGGAGAGGCCAGAGAUGAGGGAGAUUGUUGUGAUGCUCUCGCAGAUUGCGACAUCUUCGAUCGAGUGGGAAGCAACACUGGGUGGCAACAGCCAGGUUUUCAGUGGUGUAUUUCAAUUCACUGGAAGAUGAUCCAAACCCUGUAAACCGCAUUGGAUUGAAGUUCAUGAUUUAUCAAGUGAAUUUCCAGAUAGUUUGUUGUAUUUCU